AUGAUCGGAGGAAUCUUCCCAAUUUUGAUCAAACAGAUACUCAGCACCUCUACAUUUGAUAAGGAGCCGCCUAAAGUGCAGUGUGAAGGAUUUGACCUGCGAAUUUAUCGAUGGACACAGGCAAUGAUAUUUGCCAUUGAAGAAAUCAACAACGAUCCUGCUCUGCUUCCAAACAUAUCUCUUGGCUAUAGGAUCCUUAACUCUUGUGCAUCUUCUACAAAUACUUUACGUGCUGCUCUAACGCUGGCUAGUGGAGCAGAGGAGGCAAGUGCGACUUCUCAUUGCCCUCCAGCUAUAUCUGCCCUCAUAGCAGAGUCUGGGUCAUCUCAGUCAAUAGCUGUGGCUGGAAUUCUUGGACCAUUUCAUAUGCCAAUAAUCAGCUACUCCUCAACAUGUGCUUGUCUGAGUGACAGAACUAAAUAUCCUACAUUUUUUAGAACAAUCCCCAGUGACUACUACCUUGCAAAAGCUUUGGCUGCACUGGUCAAACAUUUUGGAUGGCAGUGGAUUGGAGCCAUACAGUCAGACAAUGAUUAUGGACGUAAUGGAAUUCUUGCCUUUAAGGAGGAGGUUGAAAAGUUUGGGGUUUGUGUUGCUUUUGUUGCAUCAGUUCUACGCACGUACACAAGAGAUACAUUUCUAGAAGUGGUGGAAAUCACCGCUUUUGGUGUGACAUUUGCCCUUUGCAUUUCCUGUGUCUUGGGAAAAACCAUUGUUGUUGUCACAGCCUUCAAAGCCACAUUUCCUGGCAACAAAAUUGCUGGAAAGUUUGGUCAUGCACAACAAAGAGUCAUCAUUUGCUCCUGCACUUUGAUUCAAGUGGUAAUAUGUGUGUUAUGGCUGACUUUAAACCCACCUUACCCACAUACGUUGUUCACAUACAGCAAUAGGAUGAUUGUUCUGGAAUGUAAAACAGGAUCUGAGUUUGCUUUUUAUGCAGUGAUGGGAAAUAUUGGGAUCCUUGCAAUCAUUUGUUUGAUCCUUGCAUUCAUGGCAAGAAAACUUCCUGAUAAUUUCAAUGAAGCCAAAUUGAUCACAUUCAGCCUGCUGAUAUUCUGUGCUGUGUGGAUUACAUUCAUUCCAGCAUACAUCAGCUCUCCUGGAAAGUUCACUGUAGCUGUAGAAAUAUUUGCAAUUUUGUCUUCAGCUUUUGGCUUAUUAAUUUGUAUUUUUGCACCCAAGUGUUACAUAAUAUUACUUAAGCCAGAAAAAAAUACCAAGAAACAUGUCAUGGGCAAAACUAUAAGCUAA